AUGGACGCAAAAAAGCUACAUGAAAAGUACGGUGACGCAGUCCGCAUCGCUCCAAAUGAGGUGACUUUCACGGACCCGGAAGCAUGGAAAGAAAUAUUUGCGAUUCGCCCCGGCAAACCCCAGCGCCCAAAGGACCAACGUCAUGUAUCCGUCGGCCCAAACCACAUCCCUAGCAUUCUUCGAACCGAUGAUCAAACUCACGCUCGUUAUCGACGUUCGCUGUCUCAUGGGUUCUCGGAAGGCAGUCUUCAGCGCCAGGAAGUUAUUGUCAAGGGCUAUGUUGACCUGUUGGUUCAACGGCUGCACGGACUCGCUAAGUCCGGCAGUACCAUUGUCGACAUGACAUGUUGGUAUAACUAUACUACAUUCGAUAUUAUAGGGGAUCUAGCAUUUGGGGAAUCAUUCGGGUGCCUCCAAAAUUCUCAAUAUCAUUUUUGGGUUUCGGUCAUCUUCAGCCAUUUCCGCACGGCUGCAUGGGCGAACGUAUUGCGGCGUGUCCCAGCUGGAAACCUCCUCAUGAAAUGGAUCAUUCCAAAAGAGGUUCAAGAGCAGAAGAAACAUCAGAAUGAGAUGACAAAGGAGAAAGUAAAGGCGCGCAUGGGUAAUGGUGACAACGGGCGCCCGGACUUCCUCAGCAACGUGUUGAAGCAACCACUUGAGAAGGGGAUGAGCGAAGAUGAGCUUGUAAGCAACUCUUAUGUGCUCAUCAUUGCAGGAUCGGAAACCACUGCCACUUUGUUGUCCGGUGUGACUUACUAUAUACUUACUGUUCCUGGCGUUCUCGACAAACUCAAAGCAGAGAUCAGGGGUGCAUUCACUUCAGAGGACCAGAUCACCUGGUCUGCUGUCAAUAAGCUCAAAUAUACCCUCGCUGUUUUGAACGAAGGUCUUCGGGAUUUCAUCUGCGGGAGAUGGGUUCCCGGGGGAACGGCUGUCGGAGUACCGAUACUGGCCACCCACCGUUCCGCAGCGAACUUCAAGAGACCCGACUCCUUCAUCCCAGAGAGGUUUAUGGGGGCCUCCGAAUUUGAAUCCGACAAUAGAAAUGCAGUCCAAGCAUUCAGCGUGGGGCCACGCAACUGUCUCGGUCGCAAUCUCGCGUACGCGGAGAUGCGAUUGAUCCUGGCCCGAAUUAUUUGGAACUUUGAUAUGGAAAUUUCUCCCGAUUCUGAACAAUGGAUCAAGCAGUCCUCAUUUGUAGUUUGGGAGAAAGGUAGUUUGAACGUUAAAUUGACCCCGGCACCUCAUACUAUUGGAAUAAAAUGA